CAGAAACGAGUACUGUUUUGCCAUUCCUACGGUUGUAACAGUCUUUCAAUACCAUAUGCUUUCAUAGAACGGCAAAAUGGUUUGAUUUUCCAAGCAAAGUGUACACGCGCGUGGAUCUACUUGGAUUUAAAACAGUUAAACUUAACGAUGGCCAGUUGAGAAACCCUAGGCCAUUAACAAUGGCAGCUGCAGACGACAAACAGGGACUACUUAGUGUCAGUGAGAGAAGAGAACAGCUGCCGGAUAUCGCCGAGGAAUACCACGACGACCCGUCUAAGUCAAGUAGCCGAAAAUCGAGCCGAACUUCGACUCCGAAGAAAAAAUGCCCGGACUACUUUGGCGUUAAGUCGUACCUCCACGAUUUCUACGAAACAACUUACAAGGACCCCUCGAUCUACGAAGACGAAGACGACUUCCGAUUCCUGUUACAUCCGAACCCGCGAAAACGUCGCUGUCCCCAGAUAUGGUGGAAAAUAUUCAUGUGGUUAGGGGUUAAUUUGCUAAUCUUCGGAAUAAUAGGAAUACUUGUUGGUUAUUUGGUUCCGCAGAAAUCAAUUUUCUUCAAGGUCGACGAGGAGAACAAUGAAGGGUACGUUGACAGGAGUGCUAUGGCGUUUAACACGACCCUCGACGUGUGCAAACUCAUCGGUUUGAUCCUGUUCUGUGUAGGCGGCAUGACGUUAGCCAUGGCGCUUCUCUUCCCUAGUUUUCUGACGUCAUACUGCGACGAGGACCCGGCAGACGACAAUUUCAACGUGAAAAUUGACGAGGAAACCGCGCCGCUGAGUCCCGUGGAAAUGAGCAUUCCUAAAUCGGCCAAGGUGAAGAGCGUUCAGCCACUACGGAGCGUACCUGAAGCGGUAGUGACGAACGAGGGCUUGGUCGAGUAUCAGGACUGAUCACGCGCAUGCGUGCAGCGGGAGUUGUGACAAUUGGGGCGGGGGGGGGGCAAUUUUUCAGACUUUGUUAUCAUGAUUAAUUAUGUUGUUCAACUUGUUAUUGAUUUGAAAGAUCUGGAAAGAUCUUUUUUAUCGGAGAUGAAAAGCAAAUUCUCAUUAUGAUAUCCAAGUAUAUGGUAUUGGUUCUGUUUGAAGGACAUAUCAACUUGUAUUUAGUAUUCAGAAUCAAUGAGUUCUUUUGAAAUGAUUUAAUUGAACCAAUUUCUUAUUUCCACAUGGCCAUUUAUCGCAUGUUAUAGCUUUAUAGCUUUGCUCUAAUGAUCAGGGUUGUAUAUGCAUUUCCCACAUUGUCAAAAUGAACACAAAUGGACUGUUAAUUAAAGUACGUGUUUACCAGA